AUGUCUUCAGCCAAGGGGCAUACCGUGAAUCAGCUUUCGCAUGAUAUCGGGAAUGGUAGUAACAAGACCCGGGGAACGGCCUUAGACGGUGAGCUUCCGGCCUUCCUCCCUUUCUUUAGUGACCGUGUGCUGACCUCCGCCCUAGAUCUCGUCUUUCUGCUGGAUAAGAACGGAAGGAAUCCUACUUUUUCUGUUCUGGAGGACAAGAACUAUCAUAAGCUUCUGGAAUCGCUCUUCAGAUGCGUCUUGACUGAGAAAUCCCUCUUCUUUGGCCGCGGCAGGGCCGCUGCAACCCUGCGCUUAUCUAAAUGCGCGAAAGCGAUAAGGGCAGUUGUGGAGCAUGGACUGUCAAAGCUGCGACGAAAGACUACCCUGGCCGUAGUUGACCACAUCACGCAGACCUUACCCGGCCCCGACGAGGAAUGGAUUGAGCCAUUGGUCCAAGACUACGUCAAAGUCCUGCUUCUCCUUAUAUCUCGCCCAGCGAAUGUAGAACAACUCGUCAGGCAGUCUGCGGAUGGGUGGGAAUCAGUUGUCCACUUUUGCAUCGACGCGAUAUCCGGGUACCUUAGUUAUGUGGAUCGAGAUGCGAGUGUCCUCGCUCGAGCGUCUCCGGCCCCCGGAAGCACUCCCCUCCCGAGGUCCUCAGGAAGGUCAAGUUCGGAUGUCGGUCACAAGGGCCCAGGAUACAUAAGCAAGACUACACUCUUGGAUCUUCUCGAGUGCCUUUAUUACCUGGUGCUCACACCCAACUCACCACUCACUAGAGUCGCGGAAGAGGCAUCAAGAAUUGUACUGCGCAUCUUGAAAAUUAAGCAGGCUACACUCGGCCGUAUCCAGCAGUUCUCUUUCGCUACGCUCAACACUAUCCUGACUCGCAUGGAGCUAGAAAAUCUAGAUUUGGUGAGGAAGCUAACAACCGAGCUGCUCUCCGUUGUUUCUCACUGGUGGGAUGUCCAAAAGGUAGCCAAGGAUGAGAUGCUGAAGUCUAUAAGGGACGAGAUGAUACGAACCAUGUUCGCGAUGUUCCUCCACAUCGAGCACCUAGUUCAGAUGGAUGCCAAUGAUCAGAUUCGCAAGGAUGUGGGGGAUCUUCUUGACGUCCUAUGGUCCGAAUAUUCCAGACGGGAUGCGUCAGACCAGCUGCGACUUGAAGACUUGAAUUUUAGCUCGCUCCCGGUACCACCUGAUUUCUUUAAAACGCCCCUCUUCAGCCUUCAGCCCCAUGACAAGGAAGCCGAGCGCAAAUGGGCAGUACUGGAGUGCCUCGCCUUCUUCGAAAGUGUGUUCUCGAGAUAUAGCAAGAAAGAGAGAGUUCAGCCGGCUGGCGGCGAUGAGCAGCCACGGAAGCGCCGUCGAAUGGCCCAGGAGCCCAACCGGCUCCGUCAGAAACUAAAAUCUGACGCGGAAUCUCAGUUUACUGCCCUCCAGCUCGUGCCCUUCCUCGUCCACAGUAAAGCUCUGGCCGGCGAUGAUGUAUGGGACCUUGUGGGUGACCUACUUGGUCUGGUCACUUCCAAACAAAUCCAGACUGCAUCGUGGGCAAUGUUGUCUGCGGCUAGCUGCGCUUUGAGGGAGGAUGCUUCCAACUCAUUCUUGGCAUCCACAUGGAAACAGAUGUGGCAGCUUGUCGUGCGUAGUGUCAGCCUUCCUGGCGUAUCCCAGGACCUCUCAUUCGCGUCGCUCCAUUCCCCAUACGUUGCUGCCGUCGACCUCGUCAAUUUACUGCGUGCUGCGUGCGGUGCAAGCCUUCUCCCGGCAUCUAGUGCGCAGCGAGUAUCGGGAGGUUCCAUCAGCCAAGCAUGGAAGUCCCACUGCUCUGCGGUAGAUGUCGGAAGGUAUCUUCUUCUCUUGGACGAGUCCGAGCUGCGCUCACGCUCUCCCCUGUCCUCCACACGCCCCACCCUCUCAGGAAGCCCUGGACAAAAGGCGGACCCUUCAAGCUUUUUUACCUCGAGAAAGCUGGUGCUAGAACUACUUUCUCCCAAAUUGGAAGAACUCCAGACCUUAUGUGAUAGUUGGAGCAAGAAAUCCACCGAUUCCUUCUCGCAGAUCUCUUCUGAACGCCUGCAAAGCUUGUUUAUGGCCUGUAUCUGCGGAUCCAUGGUCCUUCACCAGCUGGCGGAUCUGAACACGAGACAGUCUCGGGAUGUUGAGCCCGCGCUAUUCAAGCUCCUUGAUGAUAUUCUGGUCGCCGUGCUUGAAUCCCAUGAGUCUCAGUUGUUUUUGGAUGUCCUGCUCAGAUCGAUUCGACCCGUCCUUCCUUCCACUUCCUCGUCAGAGCUGAACUAUCUAGUCACGGAGCAUGAGCCAUUACUCUUGAUCUGUUCGAAACUCUCACGAGUUCUGAAAGAGCAUAAUGUCCGGCAAUCCUCGGGUCAGAAUGUAGAUGACAUGGACAUCGAUGACGAAUUCGAUUCACAGACUAGCAAGUCCAGCUCAGCUUCUCGGUCUGCCGAAGUCCCGAGGCAGAUCACGAAUCUUACCCUGGACCUGAGCGCAUACUACGUAGAGACGGCCCUUCUACUGCAUCUACUUGAAAUAUUAUCGAAUGAUGUCGGACAGGUUGGUCUCAUUCCCGAGGCUUUCCUCGAUCACGUAGUGGCGCUUAGCGACGAGGAGUUCCUACUCGGCCAAAAUACCAUCCUCGAAAUAUUCCGCUCGGACCUGGUCACAAACCCCGGUGACGGAUUCCGGGUCGUUGAAAGGGUUGGAAGUAUUAUCGGGAGGGUUCCGGAGUACAACUGUUGCGAGGUUGCACUCUCAUGUUGCCUCGAUCUUAUCGAAGCCUUGUUACCUGUUUGGAUCGACGUCCAACACGACGUUGCGAUUAUGGUCGGCGAUCUUUACCACCAUUUCGUGAAGACCUGUUUACCUGGUAACCAACUCUCCCCGAACACCCAGGUUGCCCUUGUCAAGCUACUGCUUUCCAUCAUGAAAGUGGAUACUCAGUACGCGGACAAAAUCGGCCUCUCAUCUUGUCGGUCAACUCUAUUGUCUAUCGAACAGCAAGGAGCGAUGGCAGUCAAAUUUUUUGUCGGCGCCAACAUAUCAACCAUCUUCGGUCUCUAUGUUCUCAAGCUUCAUGACGAUAUCUUCGUUGAUGUGCUGAGUAGCCUCCCGGCCGACCCGGAGAACAUAGAAGGGAUCGCCUACCGUCUCUUCGCUCUGGCCGAGCUCGCAUGUCACUGGCCGACCCUGCUUCGGCGAUGCAUUUACCACAUCUUUGAGACACCUGGAAACAUCCCAGCCGCAACAAACUAUGCAACGCGCUGUCUCCAAAAUGUUUCCUCGGCUCUCAAACUGAAAUCACCAGCAGAGCUUUUUUCUCUCUUUGCUCCUCAGCUCCUCUACACUUGGCUGCUCAACAAUUCGAUCGACGACAUACCAUACUCUAUCUUCGGGUUCGCUUCAUUACAGGAGCUCAUCAAGGCUUCCGGCAGCGAAGCACCCGCCUUGAUGAUUAUGCGCGGCCCAGGCGAUUCGAUAGAAGGUCUUGCUGACUGUCUUGGUAAGAGUACUGUUGACGUCGUUUCAGGAAACUUUUCGAAGAUCAUGGCCUAUGCGAUUGCGCAUGGGAUCGCUCGGUCUAAGAGUCGAAGCGAACCUAGUAGCCACGAUGCCGGAGCCAAGGACUCCAGUAGCCGAAAUUCCAAUGAGCGAGGUGAGGCAUGGGUUAGGAAGCUGCUAGGCUCCCAGGCCUUCAUUGAAGCCGUCUACACCAAUUUUACAGACAUGGUGGCUCAUUUCAUGGACCUUUUUGAUCAAGAGGAUCCCAUUGAACAGUACUUUAUCGGGCCUCUCUCUUAUGCCGGUGACAUCCUCGCCGAGAUCAAGAAAUUCUCACAUUCGGAGGUCAAACUACCUCCAAAUCAACAGCCGGUGUUCAAGGGUCGCCAUUUGAUUCGCCAAUUGAAUCAUCUCUGUAAUCUUGCUCCGAAAUAUGAGUUCACUACGCUAUGGACACCAGCUCUGGUUGUAUUCGUGGCGCGAAAACUCAUCAAUACCGUCCGCCCAGCCCUCGGGUCGUUGCAUGCCUGCUCUGUUCUGAGGAAGCUGAGAAUACUCAUAUCUUUAGCGGGACCCGUCGCUCUCGAUUCCUAUCCGCUUGAAAUGCUGCUUCAUUCAGUCAGGGCGUUCAUUGUGGACUCUGAAUGUGCUGAUGAUGCGAUGGGAAUCAGCCAGUAUCUCAUAACGAAGGGUACUCCUCAUUUGGAGCAGAGUCCCUCAUUCCUUGCUGGAUAUGCUCUCUCUACACUAGCAUCCCUGAGAGUCUUCCUCGAGUCUAGCCAAUCGAGCACCACGCAAGAAAGCCAGUUCAAGGCUACCAUGAGCAAAGCGAAACUGUUUCACUCGUGGUUCGGCAAGUAUCUUGCGUCAUACACGUCGCCUAGCUUCAAGUCGGACCUAAAACAAGAAGCUAUCUUUAGAUCCAUUACCCAGUCAGCUGCACAUAUUAGAUCUUCAGGAAAUGCCGACAAGGGUACCCACGAGAGCACCCUCCUUCUUGAGAUAUUGCGAGAUGAAGGUCAGCAAGAUCAGUUACUCAAUGAUUCAGCGCGAGAUCUGGCUCUAGGUCUUCUGUGUGGUGACUUUAAGCUGCCAGAAUCGAUUCGGGAAGACAUAAUAGAGACGGACCAAGAGGCCAUCUCUCAGGCCCCGGUAGUGUGGAAGAGCUGCAUGGCCCAGGCCUUAAGCGGGCAGUAUCUUGCCUGGGCAGGCAGGGUCGCUGGGAGGUCAUUCGCCGCAUCUGGUGCAGUACCGGACGAGCUUCUACAAGAGUCGCGCUUGUCCCAAUAUCUCCGUAUUGCGCCCGGUGCCAACGGCUCCCAGCGUGGUCUACUUCACCUUCUUCAAGGCCUAACGAUAAACAAGAGCCCUUCCACAGCGGGUCUUGCCGAAUCCGCUCUUCGAUCUGUUGUGUCUGAGGCUAGGGCUGCUCAGGAUGACCAUUUAACUGUGGCUUGUCAGGAGGCUUUGAGCGAAACGCUCUUUCUAACCUCCGACUGGGGAGAGUAUUACCCGCCCCCUUCAGAAUGUCCGUCUCUUGACCCCCCUACGGAGGACCGGUUGUUCUUGAAAGAGAAUAUCGAGAAUGAAAAUUGGCUUCAGCGUCUCUGUUUAUAUCUUGCACGGUCCGCAUCGACCCAGGUUAUUGUCCUCGCGGUCAUCUCUCCGUUGCUGGAAGAGGUCAAGGGGUUCGCAGAACAGGCCUUUCCUUACAUCCUCCACCUGACCUUAUUUGCCCAGAUGGACCAACACCAAGUUGUCAAGCGAAAAAUCUCCGAAGCCUUCAAGGAGUGGCUCUCUGUCGCUAGCGCGAAGGCCAAAGACAACCAAAAGCUUGUGAUAAAUGCCCUCCUUUACCUGAGAACCCAGAGGCUACCUAACGAGACCUCGAUCGCGGAUCGCGCACACUGGUUGGACGUGGAUGCUCUUGGGGCCGCCUCUGCGGCAUCAAGAUGCGGAAUGCCUAAGACGGCACUCUUAUUUGUCGAAUCUGGCCCGGCGGAAAGUACUCGCACAUCGAGACGGGCUUCGGCUGCGAGGGAGCAUGACUCUAGUGAUCUCUUGCUAACAAUUUACGAGAAUAUCGAUGAUCCCGAUGCGUACUACGGCCUGUCUCAGAAUUCAAGCCUCGCUAGUGUGUUGGCAAGGCUUGAGUAUGAAAAAGAUGGAGCAAAGAGCCUUGCCUUUCGGGGGGCCCAAUAUGAUAGCCAUAUUCGGCUACGCGAUCGCAGUUCCGAACGGGAUGGGAAGUCACUUGUUAAAACACUGACGACACUCGGACUAGCUGGCUUGUCCCAUUCGCUACUCCAGACACAACAAAGCCUUGAUGGUGAAUCUGCUUCUCUGGAGACUACUUUCCAAACGGCGCGACGUUUAGAGCAGUGGAACCUUCCGGUCCCUACGUCGACCACAAACUACGCAGUGACCGUGUAUAAGGCCUACCAGACGAUUCACCAGGCGAGCGAGAUUUUAACCAUUCGCAAGACCGUCCAUGACGGGUUUGAAGAAACCAUGCGCGCCCUGACCACUCAGCACUACAACGUUGCGAGUCUCCGUCAGCAUCUAGGCGCUCUUGCGGUGUUGUCAGAGCUUGACGAUAUUCUGAACGUCGCCACAUUUCCUGAUCUCGAGGCUAUUUUAGACAAAUUCGAUGGUCGAUCGCGAUGGAUGCGUAGCGGGCGGUACGAUGACGUUAGCCAUAUGCUUUCCUGUAGGGCAACGACCCUGAGUAUGUUGAGCCAGCAGACAGUCCUACGCACUAAGGCAAAUCUUUCCCCAGCCGAUGCACGGCAAGUGGAGAUACGAUCGAUGCUUAUGUCCUCGGACAUCUACCGAUUCCAUCAAGCUACACAGGAAUGUUUGAAUGUGUCUACUACCUUGACAGAUAUGAUUGAGCCAUGCGAGAAACUGGGACUUGUUGUCGACGCUGCAAUCAGGAUGGAAGCAGCGAACUCUCUCUGGGAUCAUGGAGAGAUGGCAUCGUCUAUUGGUAUCUUACAGAGUAUCGAUCAAGACUCGGCGCUCAAGAAGCAGACGGUGCCUGUUAGCCGAUCAGAUUUGCUUUCCAAAAUUGGCCAUCAGGUUUCUGUUGCCAGGCUUGAAAAGCCUCAAAAUAUACAGAAAAAAUAUCUCGAGCCAGCGCUGAAGGAGCUGAAAGGGAAGAACAAGGGUAAGGAAGCAAGCAAAGUGUUCCACCAGUUUGCCAUGUUCUGUGACGAGCAGCUUCAAAACCCAGAUGGCCUCGAGGAUCUUGCACGAUUGCAAAACCUACGGCAAGGCAAGAGCGACGAAGUCAUGCAGCUCAAGGAGUUGAUUGCUAGUACGAAGGAGACGCAAAUCAGGAACAGGUACACUGGACAUCUGGCCAAGGCAAGACAGUGGCUAGAGCUUGACGAACAAGAGCUUCGUCGAGUCGAGCAAACACGAAACGAAUUCGUGCGACUCAGCUUGGAAAACUACCUCCUUUCCCUGAUUGCGUCAGAUGCCCACAACAAUGACGCUCUGCGAUUCACAGCACUCUGGCUUGAAAAGGCAGAGGAUGAGGCAAUAAACGAAGUAGUCAGGAAGUAUUUCGAUAAAGUUCCGACGAGGAAAUUCGCAACGCUGAUGAAUCAACUGUCGUCGAGACUCCAAGAUGAUACAAGUCUCUUUCAGCGACUGCUCUUUGGCAUGAUCUUGAACAUCUGCAUCGACCAUCCGUACCACGGCAUGUACCAUAUAUGGGCAGGAAUGAACUCGCGUCUCAACAAGAGAGAUGAUGUGGCGGUUUCCCGUCACAAAGCGACGGAGAAGGUCGCUAAGCAUCUGGCUACGACGAAGGAAGUUGCCUCAACAUGGCAGGCCAUCGACAAGACGAGCAAAUAUUACCAUGCUCUAGCCGCCGACCGCAACCCGGAGAGGUAUAAGAACGGGGCCCGUCUACGGUUGAAGGAUUGUCCUGCAGCGCACAACCUUCUGAGUUGCUUAGUCCGAUACCCUAUCCCGCCACCGACGAUGCAAAUGGAGUUGUCAGUUGAUAAAGACUACUCAAAGGUCCCAGUGAUUACCACACUCGAGCCCACCAUGUCUAUCGCGUCGGGCAUCAGCGCGCCCAAGAUCGUUACGGCGCUUGGUAGCGAUGGGGUGAAGUACAAGCAGCUCGUCAAGGGUGGGAAUGACGACUUGCGGCAGGAUGCCAUCAUGGAACAGGUCUUUGCAGCCGUUUCUUCCCUUCUCAAACUCCAUCGAGACACGCAGCAACGAAAUCUUGGUAUCAGGACGUACAAGGUACUUCCCUUGACAGCAUCGUCUGGUCUCAUAGAAUUCGUCCCAAAUACCAUUCCACUUCACGAGUUCUUGAUGCCGGCUCACGAACGUUACUACCCCAAGGAUUAUAAGGGAGGCCAGUGUAGGAGAGAAAUUGGCAAUGUGCAGGGAAAGUCGGUGGAGACCAGGGUAGCCACCUACCGCAAGGUCACAGACCGAUUCCAUCCCGUGAUGCGGUACUUUUUCAUGGAGUACUUCGUCGAUCCGGAUGAGUGGUAUGCCAAGCGGUUGGCGUAUACGAGGUCCACGGCGGCCAUAUCCAUGCUAGGACAUGUCCUUGGUCUCGGAGACCGACAUGGGCACAACAUUUUACUGGACACCAAGACGGGCGAAGUAGUGCACAUCGAUCUCGGCGUCGCAUUCGAGAUGGGUCGCGUUCUCCCCGUGCCGGAGCUCGUGCCCUUCCGUUUAACGCGAGAUAUCGUCGAUGGCAUGGGCAUCACCAAGACCGAGGGUGUGUUCCGGCGCUGCUGCGAAUUUACAUUAGAUGCGCUACGGGAAGAGACGUAUUCGAUCAUGACGAUCCUCGACGUGCUGCGGUACGAUCCUCUGUACUCAUGGUCGAUCUCGCCAGUACGGCUCGCCAAACUUCAAGACGCGCGGAGAGACGGCGAGGAGAGGGAUGAGAUUGACGAACAGGAAGCAGAGAAGAACCGAAGGAAGGGCUCGAGAAUCAAUGAGCCGUCCGAAGCAGAUCGCGCUUUGGAGGUGGUCAGGAAGAAGCUGUCCAAGACGCUAAGCGUUACUGCAACGGUAAAUGAUUUGAUUAACCAGGCCACUGAUGAGAGGAAUCUUGCGGUGCUGUACUCAGGGUGGGCGGCAUAUGCGUAA